AAAUGUGUUCCAGGCGUGAACAACUCGGCUGGGUGUUUCAUGGUGCCCAUGGCUACGGGUAUGUCGCUCGUCCUCUGUAUGCUCACAAUGAAGCAAGAUCGUCCCGGUGCAAAGUUUGUCUUAUGGUCUCGCAUCGAUCAGAAGUCUUGCUUCAAGUGCAUUAUUACUGCAGGGCUCCAGCCAAUAGUAAUAGAGACUGUGGUAUCGGGUGAAGAGCUGCGCACGGACACCACGGCUCUAGAAACCCAGAUGGCCACGUUGGGUUCGGACAACAUCGUCUGCGUUCUAUCGACGACAUCGUGCUUCGCGCCACGCGCUGCUGACAGCUUGGAGCAAGUGGCAGUGCUGUGUUCGCGUUAUAACAUCCCCCACCUCGUGAACAACGCCUACGGACUGCAGAGCACACGGUUGAUGCAUCUCAUUCAGGAGGCGGCCAGGAAAGGAAGGGUAGAUGCGUUCGUACAGAGUACAGACAAGAACUUCCUGGUGCCUGUGGGUGGAGCAGUUAUCUCCGGGUUUGAGAAAGGCCUCUUGGAGAGAAUAGCAAAGAACUAUCCUGGCCGAGCGUCCGCUAGCCCCGCCAUGGAUGUGUUCAUCACUCUGUUGUCUCUGGGGGUCAACGGGUACAAGAACCUCAUCAGCCAACGCAAGGAGAUGUACAAGUACCUCAAGGAGGAGUUGGGGAAAGUGGCGACCAAACACGGCGAGCGUCUACUAGAUACUAAAAACAAUCCUAUUUCUAUUGCCAUGACGCUGACGUCACUAGCCAGUGGUGAUAGCAAGCGAGUCUCCAUGCUCGGGUCAAUGCUGUUCCUACGCUCUGGUCUCGGUACUCGCGUUAUCUCGGGCACAGAACUGAAGGAAGUCGCCGGCUACAAGUUUGAAG